CCUUCAAUUCUCCACUGUCUUAUUGAUUAAGAAUUGCACAGAAACGCGCGUUGUUAUACGGACAUGGAGUUUCACAGUAGAGUUUUACUAAUUUUCUUAUUUUUUUCUUGCGUCGAAAGCGCUCCGCUGAACAUCAACCAGCUUGAUCAAUUAUUAAAGGACAUUGAAUCGUUGGCGGCAAAAGAUGCCAAACGGUUGACGAGUGGCGAUGCUCAACGCUUGGCGAGUGGCGAUGCUCAACGUUUGGCGAGUGGAGAUGCUCAACGUUUGGCGAGUGGAGAUGCUCAACGCUUGGCGAGUGGAGAUGCUCAACGCUUGGCGAGUGGAGAUGCUCAACGCUUGGCGAGUGGAGAUGCCCAGCAGCAUAAAACUUCUAGUGAGUGUCACCGAAUCCAAAUUCUAUAUAAAGGAAAACAAAUUUACACAUCCUGUAUCCAUUUUUAAUAUCACUAAAUAAAUUAUUGCACGUUAAGUUAUAAA